AGAGAGAAUCAUUCCUUACUUGAGCUUGCAAGACUUUUUAGAGCUCCUUUUCAUCUCAUCUCCAGAGUUUAACUAUGAUGCACUCGAACUGUUCAAAGCUCUCUAGCUAGCUAGUUUCCAUAUUCGGUGGGUUUCACGGUAAAUAAUAUAUGCUACCAUUUCAAGGUGCUUGUUAUAUUGAAGAAACUAAAUGGUGGUUGGACUUGGAGAAUCAUUUUUAUAUUUUUAAUUUAAUUUGCAAGCUUGGUUAGAUGCCAUGGCCAUGUCUUUGUUGAAUAUUUCAGGUGGUAGGGCUAGUAUGAAAAGAAUGUUGUUGUUGAUGUUGAUUGCUGGUAUUUGUGUGCCCAUUGAAGUUGUUUUUGGUCAGGCAGCUGCAAAGGGAAAUGGAACUGCUGUUUCUUCUUCCUCUUCUUCAAGGCCGAGUGUUGCAAAUAUAGGAACUUUAUAUACUUAUGAUUCAGUGAUAGGGAAAGCAGCUGGGCCAGCUAUUGCAGCUGCUGUUGAUGAUGUCAAUUCUGAUCCAACCAUUCUUCCUGGGACUAGAUUGAACCUUAUUUCUCACAACACUAAUUGCAGUGGAUUUCUUGCAACUGUUGAAGUUUUGCAGCUGAUGGUAAAUGACGUUGUUGCUGUAAUUGGCCCCCAAUCUUCUGGAGUAGCCCAUAUCAUAUCUCAUGUUGUCAACGAGCUUCAUGUUACACUUUUGUCAUUUGCAGCAACAGAUCCCACCCUUUCUGCAUUACAGUACCCAUAUUUCCUCCGCACCACACAGAAUGACUAUUUCCAGAUGUAUGCAAUAGCUGAUAUCGUUACGUAUUUUGGGUGGCGAGAGGUGAUUGCCAUUUUUGUGGAUGAUGAUUAUGGAAGAAGUGGGAUAUCUAUACUGGGUGAUGCCCUGGCAAUGAAGCGUGCCAAGAUCUCUUACAAGGCUGCCCUCGCCCCAAGAGCUUCUAGAAGUCAAAUCUCCGACUUGUUACUUAAAGUUAACCAGAUGGAAUCUCGGGUUUAUGUUGUACAUGUAAAUCCUGAUUCUGGUUUGUCACUUUUUUCUACUGCUAAAAGCCUUCAUAUGAUGACCAAAGGCUAUGUUUGGAUUGCUACAGAUUGGCUACCUUCGGUUUUAGAUGCAUUAGAGCCAGAUGACACUGACACAAUGAAUCUUUUGCAAGGGGUUAUUGCUCUUCGCCAUCACACUCAAGAUACUGAUCUCAAGAAAAAAUUUAUGUCCAAGUGGAGCAGCCUAAACCACAAGAAUAGCAUUGGUGCUUCUGGUUUCAAUUCUUAUGCACUCUAUGCCUAUGAUACAGUAUGGUUAGCUGCCCGAGCUCUUGAUGUUUUUCUCAAUGAAGGUAGAAAUCUAUCAUACUCAAGUGAUCCAAAGUUGAACGACACAAAUGGAAGCGCACUGAACUUAUCAUCAAUGCGUAUUUUUGAUGGAGGCCAAGAGUUUCUACAGACACUUCUUAGAAUGAACUUCACUGGUCUAAGCGGUCAAAUUCAAUUUGACAUGGAUAAGAACUUAGUUCAUCCAGCCUAUGAUGUUCUUAACAUUGGUGGGACAGGGUCCAGAAGGAUUGGUUAUUGGUCAGAUUACUCUGGUCUCUCAACUGUUACUCCAGAGGUCUUAUAUACAAAGCCUAAAAAUACUUCUGCCAGUAGUCAACAUCUUUACAGUGCAAUAUGGCCUGGUGAAACUUCGCUUGUACCUCGAGGAUGGGUAUUCCCUGAAAAUGGGAAGCCACUGCGCAUUGCAGUGCCCAAUCGUAUAAGUUAUGUACAAUUUGUCUCUAAAGACAGGAAUCCCCCAGGGGUUAGGGGAUACUGCAUUGACGUCUUCGAAGCUGCAAUAAACUUGCUGCCAUAUCCUGUCCCGCACAUGUAUGUGUUACACGGAAAUGGCAAGAGAAAUCCAGUCUACAAUGAGAUUGUCCAAGCGGUUGCGGAAGAUCGUUAUGAUGCAGCUGUUGGAGAUGUUACAAUAGUCACAAAUAGGACAAAGAUUGUCGAUUUUACACAGCCUUUUAUGGAAUCAGGGCUGGUUGUAGUAGCUCCGGUCAAGGAGGUGCAGUCUAGCCCCUGGGCUUUCCUUAAGCCAUUUACUUUUCAAAUGUGGCUUGUUACAGGUGCCUUCUUUCUUCUCGUGGGAGCUGUAGUCUGGAUUCUUGAACACCGAAUCAAUCAUGAAUUCAGGGGUUCACCAAGGCAACAACUUAUGACAAUAUUCUGGUUUAGUUUCUCAACAAUGUUUUUUUCACACAGAGAGAACACUCUGAGCACCUUGGGACGAUUUGUGCUGAUCAUUUGGCUAUUUGUAGUGUUGAUUAUCAAUUCAAGCUACACAGCAAGUUUGACAUCCAUCCUCACAGUGCAGCAAUUAACAUCACGGAUUGAAGGGAUUGACAGCUUGGCCGCGGGUAAUGAACCAAUUGGAGUUCAAGAUGGGUCAUUUGCAAGGAACUACCUGAUCGACGAGCUCAACAUCGCAGAAUCUAGACUUGUAAUAUUGAAAAGCCAGGAGGAAUACAGUACUUUCCUUCAACUUGGACCAAAUCGUGGUGGUGUGGCUGCCAUUGUUGACGAGCUUCCUUACAUUGAGCUCUUCUUGUCUGCCUCCAAUUGUGCAUUUAAAAUUGUGGGGCAAGAAUUCACAAAAAGUGGAUGGGGAUUUGCGUUUCAAAGGGACUCUCCUCUAGCAGUUGACUUGUCAACUGCCAUUCUUCAACUUUCAGAAAAUGGUGAUCUCCAAAAAAUCCACAACAAAUGGCUGACACAUGCAGAUUGCUCGGCGCAAGGCAAUGAAAUUGAUGAAAAUCAUCUCUCCCUGAAGAGUUUCUGGGGUCUGUUUCUUAUCUGCGGCAUUGCGUGCUCCAUUUCCCUUGUCGUGUUCUUCUGUAAUAUCAUUUGUCAGUACCGUAGAUUUACUCCAGAAGAUGGUGAGGAGGCAGAGGUGGAUGAGAUUCAGCCACCAAGGCCUCAACGCUCCGUUUGCUCAACUAGCCUCAAGAAAUUGAUCGGUUUUAUAGACAGGAAAGAGGAAGCGAUUAAUGAGAUGAUUAAACCAAAGAGUACUGACAUCAAACGACAAGGUAGCCCGAGCUCCGAUGGGCACACCAUUUCAUCAGCUUAAGGAAAAGAUUUCCCUGCUGAAGUUUCUUAAUACUCCCUCCUCAUGACAAUAAAAUCAAUUUCAGAUUCCCCACCUCCUCUCCUUUGAUUCAAAAAUGUUAGGCAGCUAGAGCCAAAAUAGAAAAAUAUCAAUUACUGAUUAGAGGUAGAUCUUACUGUAACAUACUCUAUAUAUAUUAUUAGAUUAUUAGUGAAAGUAAUGUAUUGAAUUAUUUAGCUUUUCAUGUAAAUCAAGAGAAUACUAAAUUAGUUCUCUUUUUAGAGUUUUCUUUA